GAGGAGCCGGACGGGCUGGCGGGCGGCCGGGUGGCGGCGGCGGCGGCGGCAUGGCGGAGCCAAGCGGGGCCGAGACGAGGCCCCCGAUUCGGGUCACCGUCAAGACCCCCAAGGACAAGGAGGAAAUUGUGAUCUGCGACCGAGCCUCGGUCAAGGAGUUCAAAGAGGAAAUCUCCCGGAGGUUUAAGGCUCAGCAGGAUCAGCUGGUCCUGAUCUUCGCAGGCAAGAUCCUCAAGGAUGGGGACACACUGAACCAGCAUGGGAUCAAGGAUGGGCUCACUGUCCAUUUGGUGAUCAAGACCCCUCAGAAGGCCCAAGAUCCAGCUGCUGUCACUGCUUCGUCCCCCUCCACUCCAGACCCUGCCUCAGCGCCCUCCACCACGCCCGCUUCACCUGCCACCCCUGCCCAUCCCUCUACCUCUGGCAGUGCCACUUCGGAUGCUGGCAGUGGAAGCCGGAGGAGCAGUGGUGGGGGUCCCUCACCAGGGGCAGGGGAGGGACCCCCCAGUGCUACUGCAUCUAUUCUCUCUGGCUUUGGGGGCAUCCUGGGCCUGGGCAGUCUGGGCCUGGGCUCUGCCAACUUCAUGGAGCUGCAGCAGCAGAUGCAGAGGCAGCUGAUGUCCAACCCUGAGAUGCUGUCGCAGAUCAUGGAGAACCCCCUGGUCCAGGACAUGAUGUCUAACCCUGACCUGAUGCGCCACAUGAUCAUGGCCAACCCCCAGAUGCAGCAGUUGAUGGAGCGGAACCCCGAGAUCAGCCACAUGCUCAACAACCCCGAGCUCAUGCGGCAGACAAUGGAGCUUGCUCGGAAUCCUGCAAUGAUGCAAGAGAUGAUGCGGAACCAGGACCGGGCCCUGAGUAACCUCGAGAGCAUCCCUGGGGGUUACAAUGCCCUGCGCCGCAUGUACACCGACAUCCAGGAGCCCAUGUUCAGUGCUGCCCGGGAACAGUUUGGCAACAAUCCCUUCUCUUCCCUGGCCGGGAACUCCGACAGCUCAUCCUCCCAACCUCUGCGGACUGAGAAUCGAGAGCCCCUCCCUAACCCCUGGAGCCCCUCGCCCCCCGCCUCCCAGGCCCCCGGGUCCGGUGGGGAGGGCACCGGAGGAUCGGGGACCAGCCAGGUGCACCCGACAGUCUCGAACCCUUUUGGGAUCAAUGCGGCUAGCCUGGGGUCAGGGAUGUUCAACAGCCCAGAAAUGCAGGCGCUCCUCCAGCAGAUCUCUGAGAACCCCCAGCUGAUGCAGAAUGUGAUUUCAGCCCCCUACAUGCGCAGCAUGAUGCAGACACUUGCCCAGAACCCUGACUUUGCUGCUCAGAUGAUGGUGAAUGUGCCCCUCUUUGCCGGGAACCCCCAACUGCAGGAGCAGCUCCGGCUGCAGCUCCCCGUCUUCCUGCAGCAGAUGCAGAAUCCGGAGUCCCUGUCUAUCCUCACCAAUCCCCGGGCCAUGCAGGCCUUGCUGCAGAUCCAGCAGGGACUGCAGACCUUACAGACUGAGGCCCCCGGGCUGGUACCCAGCCUUGGCUCUUUUGGGAUGUCCCGGACCACAGCGCCCUCAACGGGCGGCAGCUCUGGGUCUACGGCCGAGGGCCCCACCUCUUCGCCAGCCACGCCCGCCACGACUCCUCCCACCGGGGCUUCCAGUGCCCAGCAGCAGCUCGUGCAGCAGAUGAUCCAGCUUUUGGCUGGGAGUGGAAACUCACAGGUGCAGACGCCAGAAGUGAGAUUUCAGCAACAACUGGAGCAGCUCAACUCCAUGGGUUUCAUCAAUCGUGAGGCCAAUCUGCAGGCCCUGAUUGCCACUGGAGGGGACAUCAACGCAGCUAUCGAGAGACUCCUGGGCUCCCAGCUCUCCUAAUCCUUUGGCCCAUGCCUCCUGCCUCUCCCCUGACCCAGUACUGACCUUUGGUUCCUCUGUCAGCCCCUAACCUCUGCAGCUUAUCCCUCUGUCUUCUUCUUUGACUCUCCAAACAGUAGGGUGACCUUAGAGGCAUGGGCCCAAUGCCACCGCUCUGAGAAUUUUGAUCUCACUGCUGUCUCUAACAGAGUCUUCUCUCCUGGUCCUCCUUGAGCAGAGCUAUUUAAACAGUUUUCACAGUUCUGUUGGUUGACCCCACCUCCUUGCCCACACCACCUUUUGCAAUCUUCAGACUUCUCAGUGGGGACUGCAAAGUUGCAGGAGGACCCAACUCUCUGGUUUACUGGAACAGUCUUCCAUCCACACCACUAGGCUUUGGCUUCUCUUAACUUACCUUUGGUAACUGUCCUCUUCCCCACCCUCCCUGGGCCCUCCAGGGCUAGCACCGCACUCUGAAGGUGGGGGCAGGUGAAACAGGCUGUGAUUUUUCUCCUCAAACCCUACUCUGGGCACUUCACCUAGGACUUUUUCUUGGGCUCUGUUGGGACUUCUCAUCCAAAGGGGAACACAAGGCACAGCACUCUGGAUGGAAAUUAACAGGCCCUGGACCAGAGCGAUGAAGACUGUUACGGCAGAGGAGCCACUGAGAUUUCCUAGAGGAAGGGGACAGGGAGGCAGCCUAAGCAAAAAGCUUCAGAUGGAACUACAGCUGGGGUCUGGGAGUACUAGUAGCUCUUUAGGCAAGAGACUCCAGGCCCAGGCCCGACGGAGGAGAAAUAGGUAGACUAAUGGGAUUUGAACUGAAGAAAGGGGCUCGAUGCUAAGCAGUGUCUCACACACGUUCCCAUGAACUCAAGACCUCCCUGUCUCUCCUGUCCCCGGUAAUUGUGAGUUCCACUCAAAGGGUAUGGAGGGGAUUGGAGUCUGUUCAGCAGUGGGUAGUGUGUGUGCAUGUGUGCCCACAUGUGAGGUGGGCCAGUCGGGUUCUUUGUGGAUUUCUAGUUUAGUGCUGCCUCUCACAGGGACAAGCGAGUAAGAGGGCUGGUUUAGAGCAGAAUGGGGACACCCAGGAGGGCUUAGGCCUCUGGAUGCUGGGUCACGGAAAGGCAGUGUGGGGACCCUUGUGAAGCUGUUGGGUGUGACUGGUACCCUUACCACCCACCACUGUUUUGGAGACUAGCACAGGGGAUUUCUCCCUCCAGAUCCCCUGGUCUUUCCAUUUUUUACUGUUUUCCCUCCAGGCCAGAAAGUUUAUUUGAGGAGGGAGAGGGGAUGGUGGCAAUGAUGCCUUUAAUCUGGAACUGGACAUUGCUGUACUGGAGCAUGGAGGAGGCUCUUACCACCUCCUCCCUCAGCUGUAUGGCCCCGCUGCUUGGAGAACACGGAGGCAAGAGGAACAGAAUUUUGCUCCAAGUGGGAAAGGGUCCCAAACAGUCCAGAGAAGAUGUCUGCCCUUUUCCUCCCUACCUCCCCCAACUCCCACACUGGCCUUUGUAAAUAAAUGGUGUGAUGUUUGUUGUGAAA